AUCAUAUCAUUGUAAGCUCAAGACAAUCUCCAAUCAACAUGUGCAGUUUAUCGACAUUUGUACUGCUGUUUGCUAUCACUACACUUGCAUAUGCAGGUCCGGUAUCGAAAAGACAAACAAGCCGCAAUUUAUGGACUGCAGGAAGGAUCGCAGAUGAAUGUUAUGGUAAAACCUGCAAGUGUUAUACACUCCCAAAGAAAGUGAGUGACUACUGUGGCUAUAGCACCACUGUACUUCCAAAUGCUAGAGGGCAUGAAACUGUUGAAGAAGCACAAGGUGAAUUCGAGGAUUUUGCACCUCUGUUGACUGAUUCUCCUUGUUCUGAUCAUGUUGGACCACUAUUGUGCUUGCAUUACUUCCCUUUCUUGAAUUGUAUAUCUGGGAAAAACGUACCCGAUACAACGUAUUUAACUAAGCCUUGCAAUGACACCUGUUUUGCUGUUACUGAAACUGAAUCAUGUACUACACAUGUGAAUGCGACCACGGGAACCGGUUGGCCACCUCAUCUCAACUGCACAAAUGAGGAUAGUUUCCCUAGAGGUGGAGUAUGUGGUACUACUGACGCUACAAUCAGUAAAAACUACAUAACGAAAGGUCCUUCAUGCCCAAUAUGCCCCAAAAAGGCCAAAACAUGCAACAACAGAAAUGCUGCUAAUUCAAAAAGUUUCGGCACCCGAAAUAAAUAUUCCUAUGCUAUCAAUGCAACUAUAACUGGGCAGACGGAUUGCACCACUUACCAAAUGACUGUUCACAAGUCGUUCAAUUUACACACAUGUAAUGGUGGUGUAAUGCAAGCUCCAAUACCCAUAGCAACGGGUACAGCAACACUUCAUACGAGUGAUGGUCAUUGCUCUGAUCUCAAGGCCAAGAUGAAUACACCUGUUCUUAUAGCAGGAACACACACUGGAAAAUCUGAAGAUUAUCAACUACAGCUUGGUUGUACUAAGAAAACUGGAUUGAUUGCUGAUUGGAUUUCAAAGUAUGACAAUCUAAACAAUUGGGUUGCUAGAAGGACAUGCUAGCUCUUUUAAUUAUAGCCAAUAAUGUCUCUUACCAUCAACAUGCUCAUCAUUCUCUAUCAAAACAUUCAUUUGUAUACCUAUACAUGUAACACAUUACCGUUAUAACAGUUAAAUAUACAUGCAUGGAAUCCUAUAGUUAUCUUGAA